UUUCCACCACAAAAUGUUCCACAUGACUUCUUUACACUCACUCAUGUUGCUCCUUCUUGGAGUGGCGCUUCUUACUACCCCAGUCGUGGCUAAUUUCAACAUACCCAUUUAUGAGCCUCCCCCAAUUGGCUUACCACCCAUCUAUCAACCUCCUCCAACUGAAAAACCACCCCCAUUAUAUAACCAUCCGUUCCUUCCUCCACCAUUCUUCCAUCCUCCGUAUGAGAAGCCACCAUACCAACCUCCUCACGAAAAACCACCACCAGAGUACCAACCACCUCAUGACAAACCACCACACGAGAAUCCACCACCAGUGUAUCAACCUCCCUUCGUGAAACCACCUCCAGUGUAUGAACCUCCUCAAGUUAAGCCACCACCACUGUAUCAACCCCCUUAUGUAAAGCCACCUCCGGUGUGUGAGCCUCCUCACGUAAAGCCACCAGUGUAUCAACCUCCUUACGUAAAGCCACCACCAGUGUAUAAACCUCCUCACGAGAAGCCACCACCGGUGUAUCAACCUCCUCACGAAAAGCCACCACCGGUUUAUCAACCUCCUCACGAGAAGCCACCGCCAGUGUAUCAGCCUCCUCACGAAAAGCCACCACCAGUGUAUCAACCUCCUCACCAAAAGCCACCACCGGCGUAUCAACCUCCCUACGUGAAGCCACCUCCAGUGUAUGAACCUCCUCAUGUGAAGCCACCAGUAUAUCAACCUCCCUACGUGAAGCCACCACCGGUGUAUCAACCUCCUCACGAAAAGCCACCACCGGUGUAUCAACCUCCUUAUGUAAAGCCACCACCGGUGUAUCAACCUCCUUAUGUAAAGCCACCACCGGUGUAUCAACCUCCCUACGUGAAGCCACCACCAGUAUAUGAACCUCCUCACGAGAAACCACCGCCAGUAUAUCCACCUCCUUACGAGAAGCCACCACCAGUGUAUCAACCCCCAUAUGAAAAACCACCACCAGUGUUGGAACCUCCAUACAAGCCACCGGGUUGCAGUCCCCCACCUUAUGGUCACUUUCCACCAUCAAAGAAAACCUAAUAACAAGUGGCGGCUGUGACGUGCUUUAGAGGGGUCUUUUGUCAGAUAAAGUUUUGUUUUGUUUGGUUUGGGUACUACUUUUAAGAUUUCAACUUCACUCCACUCCUCCUGCAUGCAAUUGUUCUUAAAAAUAAAGGCUGUAUCUGCACAAUAACUUCAAUUUCCCUCUCAACAAACAUGUUGUAAAGUCUUUUAUUA